UUUCUCUCUCUAGAGCGGUGCUUUCUUUCUUUCUAAGUAGCUUAAAGUUGCAGUACACACUCCCAUCCCACCACCACCGUCUCUCUAAUCUCACCCUUUUCUCUCUCUCCUAGGGUUUGCUACAUUCGCUGAAUCAAACCACAAGUAGACGAAUGUAACUAGAAAACAUCAUUUAUUUGUGUUAAUCUCUUCGUAUUUUGCCGUUUUUGGGUAUUUUGGGUUUGAAGUUUAAUGUUGGAGCACGGUUGCUGUAUUUGAGUUGGUGGUUUGAGAGUGAAGAAAAAUGACGUCGAGAGGUGGAGGCAGUGGUCCGUCGGAUCAACCGCCGCCGCCGCAGCGGCGGAUCAUGCGGACACAGACAGCAGGGAAUCUCGGAGAGUCGAUAUUUGAUAGUGAGGUGGUUCCCUCGUCGUUGGUCGAGAUUGCUCCUAUUCUUCGUGUGGCUAAUGAAGUCGAGCCUAGUAACCCCAGGGUUGCUUAUCUUUGUCGAUUUUAUGCAUUUGAGAAAGCUCAUAGGUUGGAUCCCACUUCUAGUGGACGUGGUGUUCGUCAAUUCAAAACUGCCCUUCUUCAGAGGCUUGAAAGGGAAAACGAUCCAACUUUAAUCGGGAGAAUGAAGAAAAGUGAUGCACGUGAAAUGCAGAGUUUUUACAGACAUUACUACUCAAAGUACAUUCAAGCUUUGCAAAGUGCUGCUGAUAAGGCAGACCGUGCUCAGCUUACCAAAGCAUACCAAACUGCUAAUGUUCUCUUUGAGGUUUUAAAAGCUGUGAAUCAGACACAAUCAGUGGAAGUUGAUCGUGAGAUUCUGGAAACACAUGAUAAAGUUGCACAGAAGACAGAGAUCUAUCUCCCCUACAAUAUUCUACCUCUUGAUCCCGAUAGUGCCAAUCAGGCUAUUAUGAUAUUCCCAGAGAUUCAAGCUGCUGUUGUUGCUCUUCGUAACACAAGGGGUCUUCCAUGGCCUAGGGAAUACAAGAAGAAAAAUGAAGAGGACAUUCUAGAUUGGCUUCAAGCUAUGUUUGGGUUCCAGAAAGAUAAUGUGGCAAAUCAACGGGAGCAUCUAAUUUUAUUGCUUGCAAAUGUUCAUAUUCGCCAAAUUCCAAAACCUGAUCAGCAGCCAAAGUUGGAUGAACGUGCAUUGAAUGAAGUGAUGAAGAAGCUUUUCAAGAACUACAAGAAAUGGUGCAAGUAUUUGGACAGAAAGAGUAGUCUUUGGUUGCCUACAAUACAACAAGAAGUUCAACAGCGAAAAUUGUUAUACAUGGGCUUAUAUCUUCUUAUAUGGGGAGAGGCUGCAAAUUUGAGAUUCAUGCCUGAGUGCCUCUGCUACAUCUAUCAUCAUAUGGCUUUUGAACUAUAUGGAAUGCUAGCUGGUAAUGUCAGUCCAAUGACUGGUGAGAAUGUGAAACCAGCUUAUGGAGGAGAUGAAGAAGCUUUCUUGACAAAAGUGGUUUCUCCUAUUUAUGAUGUCAUAGCACAGGAAGCUGCCUGGAGCAAAGUAGGGAAAUCUAAACAUUCCCAGUGGAGAAACUAUGAUGAUCUAAACGAAUAUUUCUGGUCAGUAGAUUGUUUCCGGUUAGGGUGGCCAAUGCGUGCUGAUUCUGAUUUUUUUUGUGGGAACAUGAAGUCCAAUGAGUCUGAUAAAAAUGGGGAUGGAAAAUCAUCUGGAGGUCGAAGGGCUGCUAAAGUGAAUUUUGUUGAGAUACGAUCAUAUUGGCAUGUUUUUAGAAGCUUUGAUAGAAUGUGGAGUUUCUUUAUAUUAUGCUUACAGGCUAUGAUUAUUGUUGCUUGGAAUGGCGAUGGAAACCCAACCAAAAUAUUUGAUUCUGAUGUUUUUAAGAAAGUAUUGAGUGUCUUUAUAACUGCUUCAAUAUUGAAACUUGGUCAAGCUGUUCUUGAUGUGGUGCUAAAUUGGAAGGCAAGACAAGCAAUGCCCUUCUAUGUGAAGCUAAGAUAUGUUUUGAAGGUUGUAACAGCUGCUGCAUGGGUUAUAGUCUUACCUGUUACUUAUGCUUAUACAUCAAAAGAUCCAGAAGGAUUGGCUCAGACCAUUAAAGGGUGGUUUGGGAACAGCUCAGGUUCCCCAUCAUUGUUCAUUUUGGCUGUUGUUGCCUACUUGUCACCCAACAUGCUUGCUGCUGUGUUGUUUUUAUUCCCCUUUAUAAGGCGUUACCUUGAGAGUUCAGACUACAGAAUUGUCAUGCUCAUGAUGUGGUGGUCUCAGCCUCGGCUUUAUGUUGGAAGGGGAAUGCAUGAGAGCACAUUUUCUCUUUUCAAGUACACAACGUUUUGGAUUCUGCUCAUUAUCACGAAGCUGGCAUUCAGUUACUAUUUAGAGAUACAACCACUUGUGAGUCCUACAAAAGCUAUCAUGAGUGUUCAUAUCAAUACUUACGCUUGGCAUGAGUUCUUCCCCCAGGCAAGGAACAAUAUUGGUGUGGUGGUUGCACUUUGGGCUCCAAUCAUUCUUGUGUAUUUUAUGGAUACCCAAAUCUGGUAUGCUAUAUUCUCUACAUUAUUUGGAGGUGUCUAUGGUGCAUUCCGUCGUCUUGGAGAGAUUCGAACUUUAGGAAUGUUGAGAUCACGUUUUGAGUCGUUACCUGGUGCGUUUAAUGGCUGUUUAAUUCCACCUGAGAAAAGUGAUACAGUGAAAAAGAAAGGACUUAAAGCUACUUUAUCUCGUAAUUACGAAGCAAUCUCCUCCCAUAAAGGGAAAGAAGCUGCAAGAUUUGCUCAGUUAUGGAACAAAAUCAUCACAAGUUUCAGAGAGGAAGAUCUUAUCAAUGACAGGGAGAUGAACCUCUUGCUUGUUCCAUAUUGGGCAGACCGAGAGUUGGAUCUAAUACAGUGGCCUCCUUUUCUGUUAGCUAGCAUGAUCCCUAUCGCAUUGGAUAUGGCAAAAGACAGCAAUGGGAAAGAUCGUGAGCUGAAGAAGAGAAUUGAGAAUGAUAAUUACAUGUCUUGUGCUGUUCGUGAGUGCUAUGCUUCUUUCCGCAAUAUCAUUAAGUUUUUGGUUCGUGGAAGACGUGAGCAGAAGGUUAUCAAUGAUAUAUUUGAGGAAGUUGACAAACAUAUUGAUGAAGGAGAUAUAGUGAGAGAAUUCAAAAUGAGUGCUCUACCCAUCCUCUAUGACCACGUUGUCAAGCUUAUCAAUUACUUGUUAACAAAUAAGCAAGAGGACCGGGAUCAAGUUGUAAUCCUUUUCCAGGAUAUGCAUGAAGUUGUGACAAGAGACAUAAUGGAAGAUCAGUUUCCUAAUUUGGAUGGACCAGGUUAUGAUGCGGAUGAACAGUACCAGUUAUUUGCACCUGCAGGAGCAAUCAUGUUCCCAGCUCCAGAAUCAGAAGCUUGGAAGGAGAAAAUCAAUAGGUUGUACUUAUUGCUUACAGUGAAGGAGUCUGCCAUGGAUGUGCCAUCAAACUUGGAAGCUAGAAGACGAAUAUCCUUCUUCUCCAAUUCAUUGUUUAUGGACAUGCCAUCAGCACCCAAAGUUCGCAAUAUGCUUUCCUUCUCUGUCCUCACUCCUUAUUACACGGAGGAGGUUCUGUUUUCAUUGCAUGAUUUAGAAGUCCAAAACGAGGAUGGAGUGUCAAUCCUCUUCUAUCUACAAAAGAUUUUCCCAGAUGAGUGGAACAACUUUCUUGAGAGAAUGGGUUGUGAAAAUGAACAUGACCUAAAAGGAAACAACGAGUUAGAGGAUCAACUACGUCUCUGGGCUUCAUACAGAGGUCAAACCUUGACCAAGACCGUUAGGGGAAUGAUGUAUUAUCGUAAAGCCUUGGAGCUUCAGGCUUUCCUUGAUAUGGCUAAAGAUGAUGAUCUGAUGGAAGGGUACAAGGCAAUUGAAUUGAAUGAAGAUCAGAUGAAGGGAGAAAGGUCACUGUGGGCCCAGUGCCAAGCUGUAGCUGAUAUGAAGUUUACAUAUGUGGUGUCAUGCCAACAAUAUGGUAUUCAAAAGCGAUCUGGGGAUGCUCGUGCACAGAAUGUCCUGAGGCUCAUGACAGAGUAUCCAUCUCUGCGUGUAGCAUAUAUUGAUGAGGUUGAGGAGCCGAGUAAAGACACAACUAAGAAAAUAAACAACAAGGUUUAUUACUCUGCUUUAGUCAAAGCCAUGCCAAAUUCUAAUGCUUCCGAAACAGGCCAAAACUUGGAUCAGGUUAUUUAUAGGAUAAAAUUGCCUGGACCUGCAAUAUUGGGAGAAGGAAAGCCUGAGAAUCAGAAUCAUGCUAUCAUCUUCACACGUGGGGAGGGCUUGCAGACGAUUGACAUGAACCAGGACAAUUACAUGGAAGAGGCCUUAAAAAUGAGGAACUUGCUCCAAGAGUUUUUGAAAAAACAUGACGAUGUGAGGAACCCAACAAUAUUGGGACUGAGGGAGCAUAUUUUCACUGGCAGUGUUUCUUCUCUUGCAUGGUUCAUGUCUAAUCAGGAAACAAGUUUUGUGACAAUUGGUCAGAGAUUGUUAGCCAACCCUUUGAAGGUUCGUUUUCACUAUGGUCAUCCAGAUGUUUUUGAUAGACUCUUUCACCUUACAAGAGGAGGUGUCAGCAAAGCCUCCAAGAUCAUAAACCUAAGCGAGGACAUUUUUGCUGGUUUCAAUUCUACACUUCGUGAAGGAAAUGUGACACAUCAUGAAUACAUACAAGUUGGUAAAGGAAGAGAUGUGGGUCUAAAUCAAAUCUCUCUAUUCGAGGCCAAAAUUGCCAACGGAAACGGGGAACAAACACUUAGCCGUGACCUAUAUCGACUCGGACACCGAUUCGACUUUUUCAGAAUGUUAUCAUGUUACUUCACCACAAUCGGUUUCUACUUUAGUACCUUGAUAACCGUAUUGACUGUCUACGUGUUCCUUUACGGGCGUCUGUAUAUGGUUCUUAGUGGGCUAGAGAAAGGUCUUGCUUCCCAACCUGCCCUUCGCCACAAUAAACCACUUCAAGUGGCUCUUGCUUCACAAUCCUUUGUGCAAAUCGGAUUCCUAAUGGCCUUACCUAUGAUGAUGGAAAUUGGUCUAGAAAGAGGUUUCCGGACUGCAUUAAGUGAAUUCAUUCUCAUGCAACUACAACUCGCCCCUGUUUUCUUCACCUUCUCACUCGGAACAAAAACUCACUACUAUGGUAGAACACUGCUUCAUGGAGGUGCAAAGUACAGAGCAACAGGGCGUGGGUUUGUUGUCUUUCAUGCGAAAUUUGCUGAAAACUAUCGGCUUUAUUCGCGUAGUCAUUUCGUGAAAGGAAUCGAGCUUAUGAUCUUGCUUCUUGUUUACCAAAUAUUUGGUGAGUCGUAUAGAGGAGCUGUUGCUUAUCUGUUGAUCACCAUUUCAAUAUGGUUCAUGGUUGGGACUUGGCUGUUUGCUCCGUUUCUGUUCAAUCCCUCGGGUUUUGAGUGGCAGAAGAUUGUUGAUGAUUGGUCGGAUUGGAAUAAGUGGAUUAGCAACCAGGGUGGAAUCGGAGUCCCCCCUGAGAAGAGUUGGGAAUCAUGGUGGGAGGAAGAACAGGAACACUUGAGAUAUUCUGGAAAACGUGGUGUCAUAGUUGAGAUACUGUUGGCAUUACGGUUUUUCAUUUAUCAGUAUGGGCUUGUUUAUCAUUUGAGUAUGACAAAGCAUCAGAAGAGUGUCCUGGUUUAUGGCAUAUCAUGGGUCGUCAUUUUUGCAAUUUUGCUGGUUGUAAAGGCUAUUUCGUUUGGGCGGAUGAAAUUCAGUGCAAAAUUCCAACUUGUUUUCCGGCUGAUCAAAGGGGCGAUCUUCAUUAUGUUUGUGUCGAUUCUUGUGAUCCUGAUUGCACUUCCUCAUAUGACACUGCAAGACAUUGUUGUGUGCAUUCUUGCCUUUAUGCCUACUGGAUGGGGACUACUACUGAUUGCACAGGCGUGUAAACCGGUGGUGAAGACAGCUGGAUUCUGGGGAUCAGUGAAGACACUUGCACGUGGAUAUGAGAUAGUGAUGGGUCUGCUUCUGUUCACACCGGUUGCAUUUCUUGCAUGGUUUCCUUUUGUUUCAGAGUUCCAGACACGUAUGCUCUUCAAUCAAGCCUUCAGUAGAGGUCUGCAGAUAUCUCGUAUUCUUGGUGGCCAUAGGAAAGAUCGAUCAGCUAGGAACAAAGAGUAGUAGUAACCUACAAAUGCAACAACAUCAUGAGGUCUCUUUGUGCUGCUGUUUUUUUUUUUUUUUUUUUUUUUUUUGGGUAGGUAGCUAAGCUAGUUCUUUGUAAUUGUGCAUUCAGCAUUGAACAACUGUUAAUUCUGUCAUCACGUGGAGAAUUUUUGAGUUGUUAAUGUAUCAAUUUUAAUUUAAAAAUGCAUGUUGAGUUUUCGUAUUUUCAUGAAU